AUGACAAGGGAGAGUGGUCUCUCUGUGCUGGUCGACCGGGAUGAAUGCCACACUGGUGUGAGAUCUGUAAGCUGGCAGCAAUGGUGUUAUUGGUGGGAUUAUAAAUCCUCGUGCGCUCAGGCAGAAACAAUCCAAAGCCAGAUCCACAACCUCUGUUCACGGCUGAGCGACCCAACUAUCCGUAAACAAGGGGUUCUCCCAAUAGAAAUAGAUUACCCCUCUGUUCUGCGGCUGUUGGAGGUUCUAAAUGAUCGACGGAGACAACAAGCGCCUGUGAUGAGAACUGUCAUGGCGAGGGAAUUGCCAGGUCCAGCCGCCUUGAGAGAGAUCUUUAGGUUCUUCUUUUCCAGAGAAAUGGAGCAAGAGUCGGUGUCUGAGCUGCAUUCAUUGAUGGAAGGAGGAAUUGCAGUUCGUCGACACAGAUUGUGGCUGCUGAAAAUGAUGGUGUAAGUUGCAGUAGGUUAUGCAACUAAUCUAAGGUUGUUUUUCUGGUGGUAAUAUUGUAAGGCCCUCUUAUUUUAUAAUGGUGUGUUGGCAGACAAGUGCUAUAUCACAUGUAAAUAUAUAAUGGCAGAUAAAUACUAUUUAGAAUGUAUAUAUAAUGUUGAUCAUUAAUCAUUUGAUAAUUUUGUUAUCAGAUUGAUGAUCUUAGUAUUAAACUUUAAAUUGGUAUGUCAGUACUUGGAUUACCCUAUUUU